UGGGCAGCAGCUGCAUCCAGAGACACAGCGGCAGGAGAGGAACAAACUGCGGGGAACAUUUGUCGCUCUACCUCCUCCCAUCUGAGUCUCUGGAGAGAGAGCUGGUGGGGGUCAUGCCCAGGCCCGGCUGUCUAGGGAGCGAACGCAUGGGCAACAAGCGGAAGAAACUCUGCGUCUGCCUGGUAGGUGCCUCCGUCUUCAUAUUAGCUGCCAUAUUAAUCGCUCUCACCUGCUGUGUGGUCGAGUGCCAGGGGCAGCUGAAGACCUCAGAUCUGGAUGAGAAACUCGCCAACCUGGAGGAGGAGAAGAGGGCCCUGGAAAAGCAGCGGGACAGGGUGAGAGCAGAGGUCACGGCGCUGCAGAUGGAGCUGGCUGGCACCAAUCAGACCCUCUGGGAGACGCGCGGGCGCUGGGACUCCUGCAGGAGCCUGACGCAUAACCUGCAGAACAACAUCACUGCCCUGAGCAACAAAAUCACACAGCUGGAAGCCAGAGACUCUGAGUGGGAGGCCAAGGAACAAGAGUUACAAGAUGAAAAUGGCAGGCUCAGAGAGCAGCUCUCCAGCCAGUCCCAGCAGCUGCAGGAUUCCCAGCGUCAGCUGCAGGAUUCCCAGGAAGAAUUCCAGAGGCAAAGAGAUCAGCUUAAAGCGAACAUCCAUUGGCUGAACUUGGAGCUCCAAAGCCAGAGGAAUCAGCGCUCCAGCGGGGACAGCCUCGGGGGUCACAGUGUGUCUCUCUGUCUGGCUCUGUCCCUCCUUGGCACCCUUCUCCUUUAAGAGGAGCAGCUUUGUUCAGGUAUCGAGGAGCCUGGAUACAGACUUGUCCAGAGACCCCUCCUGCUGUCUGAUCCCCAGGCUCUUGGGCAGAGGGGUCUCGUCCUGUCACCUCCACCAAAGACAGCUCCAACGAGCCACCGCUUUGUGCCUGCUCAUCUCUGACCACGCCACAUGCUCUCCCCCCCGCAGGCGAGAGAGCCGUCUCCUGUGCAGGUCCUGCUGCCUAGCCUGGCUUCACUGAACCGUCCAUCUCAUUCCAAGUCUCCUCCCAGCGCAUGGCAGCACUGCCAGGGCCCAGCUGAAGUCAGGGCCCACCUGUGCCAGGCCAGAGACACAGCUCGCAGACCAAAUAGCAGCACAGGAAAAAAAGAAAGAUCAUUAUCGAUGGGAAACUGAGGCACGAGGCGAUUAGUGAGUCGCCCCAGGAGCACAUGGCAGAGUCAAGACUUGAACUCAGCUCUCCUGAGCACCAGCAUGUAACCCUAAGGCCAUGCUUCCUCUCCAGUCCUCCCUCGCCUACAUCUCCUUUCUCUCUCCCGCUGCUGUUCUUUAGCUCAGCGCAGUAGGUCAGGGGAUGGGGACACAGGACUGUCUCUCUCUCUCUCCGUUUAUUUCCAUCAUCCGUCCCCAAUGCCCUUUCGAUCCCGCGGGAUUUGUGUUUCAGGGCUGAGCUGGCAGUGGAAAGUGGAGAAUCCCCACGGGAACACGGUGCACAGCACAGCCGGCUCGCUCCCCUCCAAGUCGCCCUCAGGAGAACUGGUCUAAGCCACUAGCUUGCUAUGACCUCGGCCCUUCCCCGGGUCGUGCAGGGGGGCGGGUUCCUGCCCAGCCGGUCCCUGGCGGAAGGAUCUCGUUGGCUCCUGCCCAGCACUGGAGGACGAUGGAAAACAGUGAAGAAGAUCCAGCCGGUGAAGGCUGCAGGGAGGAUGGAGCCGCUUCACCCAGAGCCAGAGCCCCUGGGGUUUCUCGGACUCAGAUUAUCCCAGAGGACGGUUGCCCUGAGCAGGGUCAAGCCCCAGCUGGGGUAUUUGCUGCUCCCUUGAGGGUUUCUAUUUUUCUAAUAAAAUGUUGCCAA